AUGCUCGGAAGAAUUGCUCGAGUGGGCGUGCGUGCGCUGAGCACGUCGCGCCCCGCGUUGGAGCCUGCGCGCCCGUCGAUCCAGGCGAUUGCGGAGCUGCGCCGCCAGGUGCCAGGCACAUCGCUGAUCAAGGCGCGCGAGGCGCUUGUCGCGUCACGCGAGGCGAGCGCGCCGGACACGGACUCCGUGCCGGCCGCCGUUGCGUGGCUCGAAGAGAACCGCAAGGAAGAGGGCGCGAAGCGCGCCGCAAAGGUCGCAUCGCGCACCACCUCGGAGGGAACCGUCGGCCUGUGCACGCUUAGCGACGGCCUGCAGACCGCCGCGGGCCGCGCGGCGAUCGUCGAGCUGAACUGCGAGACGGACUUUGUGGCGCGCAACGAGCUGUUUGGCGCGCUCGUGCGCGACAUUGCGCACACUGCGGCGUGGUACCCCGUCUUUGCCGAGACCACGAGCUCGGAGCUGGUCCAGGAGAUUUCCGCCGAGACGCUCCUCGACUGCCCGCUCAUGCCCUACGACCAGGGCGCCGAGGCAGGCGACGUGCGCACGGUGCGCGCAGCGAUCACCGAGGUCGUUGCGCGCCUCGGCGAAAAGAUCGCCCUGACGCGCGUCGCGGCUGUCUUUGCGCCCGAGGGGCAGGAGCGCCUCGGCACCGGCUCUUUUGCCCACGGCACUGGCGCGUCGGUCGCGGCGCCACAGGCGCCGACGCAGGCGACAUUUGCAAGCGGCCGCGUUGCAUCGCUGCUCCUCGUGCGCUUCGCGGGCCGCGUCGCAGAGGCCGCGCAGCACGCGGGCGCCAACGACCCGGUGCUGUCCGCAUCGCGUGCGCUGCUGCGCUCCUUGGCGCGCCAGGCUGCGGGCUUCCCCACUACGUCUAUCGAGGCUAGCGAUGCGGCUUCGGGCGACGAGCUGAGCACCGCGUUGCUUGCGCAGCCCUUUGCGAUGCUCCUGCCGAGCGCCGGCCUCGACGAUAGUGCCUCGGGCGGCACGGUGAACGAUGCGCUACAAAAGUGGGCCGAGACCAUGGGCGGCGCGCGCGAGAGCGUGCGCGUCCUUGGCCUCCGUCGCUGGGAAGUGGGCGAGACGAACGCCGCGCCGGAGGACGACGGGCUGUCGUUUGCCGACGAGGUCAAGAAAGCUGCUGGCCUUUCAUAG